CAUUUACAUCCUGAGGCUCGGUUGAAUCUGGAUUUCUCUCUGAAGCUGGGCAGACGCAGGGCAGUGUCCAGUUCAUUCCCUGCUCAAGAUCAGAUACUCCCCCUUCACCUCUUGCAAUUAUCUUUCCUUCAUGCGAUGGAGAGAUCUGUCCUUGUAGACUGACACACGGUUCGGAGAAAGACCUGAGCUCACCUCAGUAGAGCGAGAGAGGCUGUUUCUGACAUGAUCUGACAGGUGCACUCUCUUAUUCAUUUUCUGCCAUGAACACGCAGCUGGAAUUCUGUGAAGAAAGGAAGAGGGCUGGUGUGAUAUGAUAUGUGACAGGCUCUUAUCUGCAAAAGUGAGUGCAAAUGAAAGGUGGGAUUACAGCCACAUUUUAUAGAGGACGAGGAAAAGAUGAUGACACGCUCAUAGAGAGUGUAUGUAGAUAAAUACAUGCAGGUGUUAAAUACAAUAUGCUGUGGAGAGGGAAUAUGAAAUUAGGCACAGCAUCAGCAACCACAGUCUUGGAGUGAUAAUAACGGCUAAUGACGAUCUAAACACAUUAGCAGUGAAAUUGUAAUCAUAAAUAAUGAUGGAAUGGGAAUACUCAAAUCAGAAUUGCGGCAGGCACUAAUUACAGACUCAAGCAACAUGCUUUAAAGCACUUCAAAAAGCAUGACGUGCAUGUCUGCGCCUAGAGAGUGUUGUUAUAUGUAAAUGAAGGAUACAAGCUCUCUAAUAAUAGAAUCAGAGUGUGAAGGAAAGCUCCUCUCAGGGGAAUACGGAGUGGCGGAAAAUAAACAUUUGUUUAUUGCAUCUUUUAUUUAAUAAUUCAUGUCUUAGUCUACGACAUUGGCAGAGGCACCAGGGAGUUCACGUUAGGCAGAUCAUCUCUUUGAUUAUAUUGUUCAGACACGGUGGGAUCUGUAAAUUUAAUCCUGUCACACCGUGCUGCUUGUUUCAAGUGCAAAGACUCUGGAGAUAUUAAACAUUAUCUGUCUAAUAAAAUGCAUUAUCAUAUGUGAAGUUUAAAACCACAAACAUUAAACCAACUUGUAUCUUGGAGUAAAUCUGAAGCUGAGUAAAAGCACACAGACAUCAGAGGCUCCAUUCAUCAGCGAUCAAACCUUAACUUUCUCACGGCUGGAUGCUGCAGCAUCUCUGAUCCCGCUUCCCGGGUUGGACCUCAAUUAAAACAGCAGCCCGGCUUGAAUGAGGAAAGCAGACAAAGAGAAGAACAUCAAAGACCUUUCAUGGAGUGCAGAGUCUUAACCUCUGAUCUCAGAGAGGGAUUACUGUAAUUGGACGGCAGGGAUCGACUCCUACAGUACGUCUGAGAAUCAGGAAGCGAAGAGCAUCUAGGAAUCGCACCCCCUCAGUAAACCACGAGCCACGAUGGGCUGCAACAUGUGUGUGGUGAACAGGCCGGAGGAACAGUACAGGAUCAUGUUUCAGAAGGGAAACACUCUGCGGCCCAUUGAUGCAGAAGUAAAGCUCAAAGGCAGAAGAACAUCUCACCUGUCCCAGGACAAAGAUGGACAGUCCCAUGACCCUCUCCUGCUUCAGGUGGUACAUAAGGGUCACAGGAGGAGAUUGGGUGCAGCUGCUGGCCCGGCCCGGCUCAUGGCUAUCACAGACUGUGUGGACAACGGUACCCAGACCGACAUUAGCUUCCAGAACUUUCUAAAUGGGGACAGAGGGUCUUACCCGAGCAGUGGAUCACCCAUGCCCCCACCCUCUCCUCCCCUCACAAAGCUGGUGGAGCCAUACCUGAUGAAUGACUUAGGUUCUUUGGGGCAGGAAUAUAGUGAUCCAAAUGACUACUUCAAUGUUGCCAACCAUGAGGCGGAUCAACAAGAAGAGCUGGAAUAUGAGGAGGUGGAGCUGUAUAAGUCGAGUCAGCAGGAUAAACUGGGGCUAACAGUCUGUUAUCGGACGGACGAGGAAGAAGACCAAGGCAUCUAUGUUGGGGAAGUGAAUCCAAACAGCAUAGCAGCAAAAGAUGGAAGAAUCAGGAAGGGGGACAGGAUAUUACAGAUAAAUGGGAUGGAAGUUCAGAACCGAGAGGAAGCGGUGGCCAUCCUGACCCGUGAGGACAGCACCAACUUCUCAUUACUGCUGGCCAGACCAGAGGUAGAGACGGACACUCAUAUGGACCCAGAGGAGAUUGACUGUGAGUUACCUGUAGGGAUGAGUGUGGACAGCCUUAAUACUUCCCCUCUGUCAGGCCUGUACCAUUUCCGCCAACAGAGAGCCCAAGGAGGCAUUCCUGAGGAAACCCUACAUCAGGAGACACCCAUGCUCAGCUUAGCAACCCUCAGCAACAGUCAAGAGCUUGACAGUGGUGUGGGCAGAACAGAUGAGAGCACAAAGAACGAAGAAUCCUCUGAGCACGACAUCCUUCUGGGCGAUGAACAGACCAGCGCCACCAACACAAAUGCCACCAACACGCCUGGCAGCUUGCGCAAGUUCAGGCCGGGCAGGAGCGGCGGAGGAGGGAAUGACACGCCAUCGCCGCUGUUUCCUCUCCGAGAGCUCCACCUUAGCACAGACUCACUGGACUGUGGAGGUGUGGGUGGUGGGUACCUUCAUGAUCCCAUCAGUGGGAUGAUAAUGCCCGGCCUGACAGAGGAGGAAUGUGAGAGGUACAAGCAGCUUCUGGAAAUCAAGUGUCGCUAUGAGAAGAGGAUGAAGAAAGUGCAACAGGUUCAAGAAGAGCAGCAGAAAGAAGGAGAGACACCAGUGGGAGCUGAGAAUAGGGAGGAGACUCUGGAUGAGAACAGUAACGAGAACCUUACUCCACAUGAGAUGGCGCUUUUGGAAGAGGAAAUGAGGCACCUUGAGUUCAAGUGCCGGAACAUUCUACGAGCACAGAAGAUGCAGCAGUUAAGAGAACGCUGUUUAAAAGCCUGGCUGAUGGAGGAAGAAACAUCUGGUAGGGUGUCUGCAGAACCUCAGGGGUCUCCACUGCACGAGCUGUCUGACAUCAACGAGCUUCCAGAGAAGGAACGGUCGGACAAGGACAGCACCAGCGCUUACAACACAGGGGGAGAGAGCUGUAGGAGCACACCUAUGGUGAGUGAACAUCGACUUCCAGUUUCUCAAAUCGAUGAGUCCACAAGCCCUCUACUAAGUAGACACAGGGACCGACCAACCUGGAGUGAAAGAGGGCGAGCAAGCCUCAACAGUUCAUAUUCACCAAGCAGCUACAAGAAGUUUCCGACUAACACCCCUUUGAACCAGAAAUUCUGCUCACUCACUAGAGAGGGAACCAUCCGUCGCAUGCCUGAAGGGGUGGCACAAGGUGGAAAUUCUAGGGUGAGCAGCCACAACAGGAAUGGUGGUCGCAGUGCUGAGUCAAGUCCUUACUUCACUCGACGACGUCAUUCCAACUGCGUCACUCCAGAGCGCUACCAGAGUUGCAUGCAUCUGGGAUCCUCACCUUCUGAGAGUUCUGGACCUUUGGAUAGAGCUGCAGAAGGAGAAAGUGAGGCACCAAUGGGUGGCAGUGACCGUGAGGGGCAUGGGAAUACCACCUUGGAGUCGUUGCCUCACCCAAGCCCAGUGAAGCUUUCUUUGGCCUUAUCAUUGCCACUUCCCCCUCCAUCCCCACGCAUGGAGUGGAAGGUGAAGAUAAGGAGUGAUGGGACCCGCUAUGUGGCCAAGCGUCCUGUUCGAGACCGGCUCUUGAAAGCCCGAGCUAUGAAGAUCCGUGAGGAGCGUAGUGGAAUGACGACUGAUGAUGACGCAGUGAGUGAAAUGAAGAUGGGUCGCUACUGGAGCAAAGAAGAGCGUAAGCAACAUCUGCUGAGGGCCCGCGAGCAGCGCAGACGCAGAGAGUUUAUGAUGCAGAGUCGCUUGGAAUUUAUGAGAGAACACGGUCUGGACAUGGGCAAGGAAAGCCAGUCAGAGUCAGGCCAGAACCCAGCCUCAAUCCUGGAGCUCAGUCAGAAAAAGAGCUCCAAGAAACGCAACCGACGCAUACUGGACAACUGGAUCACCAUCCAAGAGCUGCUGGCACAUGGCUCUCGCUCUCCAGAUGGGACAAAGGUGUAUAAUCCUCUUCUGUCUGUAACCACAGUCUGAAAGGAUGGUGUGGAAGGACAACAGAAAGAGAAUGUAUUCGAUUAAUUUAUCAAAUACUUUCUUGAACAGUUCAAGUAUCAUCUUUCUACAUUGCUAAUAUAGCUAAGCGACAUCUAGCAACUAUUGCCCUCUUUAAUUUAAUUUUAACAAAUCCUAUUUGUUACAAAAACCCAGACAAGGCAAAUUUACUUGAGAAGCAACAUUAAAAAAGACAUGUUUUCAUAAAUACUUAUCUGUUGUUUUUAAAUUGAUUAUGCUCAUUACCAUUGCAUCUCAAGUAAACAUACCUUUCAAAGAUUUUUUAGAUUUUCCAGAAAACAAAGUAAAGUAAAUGUUUAUGGGUGGCAGAACUUUAAAGUUUGUGUAAAAACUUGAUUUUCUUGUCUGAUUAAUGUCACACUGUAUUGCUUCUCAAAAUACAUUAUCACUCCUCAAUGACAGACGCUCAGAAGAUUAUGAAUGUUAAAUGAAUGUAACAACGCACAUGUGUAACAAGCACAACGCAUACUCCACAAACUGUACAAGCAGACAGGUCUUAGUCAUAAUCUGCUCGUUGCAAGCAGAUAUAUUGGUCAAAUAAAAUUUAUUCAGUAUCUUCCUUGCAGCUGCACAGAAAGGCACACUGAUUCAAUUUCUUAACUCUUGAAUUUUCAUGGAGAAUAUUGGGGGGGAUGGAAUAACAAUACGAUUUUUGUACAAUUUACUGCUCGGAUUACAAAAUCAUUAAAGUGCUUAACCUGUGCAGACACAAUCAUGUUAAACUUUCCUGCAGAGAUGUGGUGCUGAACAUUUAUACUGCUUGUUUGUGGUGCUCUGUUUACAUUAUUCUCCUGUACUGUUCAUCAUGACCCAAAUACGGCAAAGCACAAUUUAAGCCGCAUUGUGCUUUUUAACUUUGAAUGUAUGGUAAUUAUUUUCCCUUACAUCCUAAGUCAUCACGGAGAGACUUUCACAAGCCUAUGUGGCCUACUGCGGACACAUACAAAUCACCAGCAAAAAGGGGAAGCACAAACACACACUGGAUCACUAUGAAAUCUAACCAGCUUCUAAAUGAAAACAGAUUGUACAUUUUAAUAUACGGUUAUUAGGAGCACCUGAAGUGGUUCACACAAGUGUAGCAAAGGAGCUAAAAAUGAGGGGAUAUUGUUAUUCAUGAAUAAAUGAAUGGCAUACGAAUUUGUUAACAUAUUUGUAAGUGUUUAAAACUGAAGUUUUUUGUAGAAAAUGGCCUUAAGAGUUUCGACCGGUUUGGUGAUGAGAGCCACUUGUUCAGCUCGACUAAUUUUGCAUGAUUUAAACUAUGAUUUUGACUAUACUGUACAUGCCAGAAAUACACAAUGAACUUUAGUGAAGUACUUCUAUUUCUAAGUAUACAAAUGUAUGUGACCAGAGGACUUUAUCCAGCAUCAUUUACCACUUCUGUCUUGGUGUUAGAUAAAAAUGUAGAAAUCUACAGUUAUAUAAUUAUCUACAGUUAUAUAGUUAUAAUACUCAUAUGGUACCUGUUGAUUGAUAUCAAUAGUCCCGAUUAUACAUUGUGUAAUGUGCAUUCGUUCUUGAGUGGUUAUUUCAAUGCAUUACUGAAACCGUAUAAAAUACAACAUUUUAGACAAAUAAAA